AUGUGGCGGGUUACAUUAUUUUUCAGAAAUCUUUACCUCCGAAUUGCUGUGACCUUUCUGCGGGUCGUCUUCAAAUUAACACGUCCUGCAUCGGUUGCAAAGCAUGUUCAUACCACCCUGCGUAUUUCAAGUCGAGACGCCGGCAGAACCAUCACGGCCCAUCUAUACAAGAGAGAUACCCCAACUCCAUCUGUUCCACAGCCGGCUUUGAUCAAUUUCCAUGGAAGCGGGAUGAUUUUUCCUGCUUUUGGCUCGGACGAUGAGUUUUGUCACCACGUCUGUCAAAACACAGACUACGCAGUGAUCGAUGUCCAGUAUCGGCUGUCUCCCGAAAAUCCGUUCCCAGCUGCUGUGAACGAUGUUGAAGAUGUUAUCCGGUGGGUCUUAGGACAGCCGGAUAAAUAUGAUCUGACUCGACUGAGUGCUUCGGGCUUCAGUGCUGGAGGGAAUCUUGCCCUCGUUGCUGCUGGUGUCCUACUGCCUCAAGAUACUUUUCGCUCAGUUCUUGCUUUCUAUCCCGGAGUGGAUCUAGCAAAGAACCCCGCUGAAAAGAUCGCACCUGAUACGUCUGGAAAGGCGAUUCCUCCUCGGAUAGCACGUUUUUUUAACAAUUGUUAUAUCCCUGUGGAUGUCGAUGCGCGGGAUCCUCGUAUUUCGCCCCUUUAUGCAGAUCCCACACGAUUCCCUACUAGACUUUUGAUGAUAACUGCUGGUCGUGACAAUUUGGCACCAGAGGCUGAAGAGCUUGUCUCUCGUGUUAAAAAGCAAGCCGAUCAUCAUGUCGUCUUUCAGAGAAUGGAGAAUUGUGAUCACGGCUGGGAUAAAUCUGUGAAUGCAGGGCCUAUACAAGAAGAGGCCAAAAGAAGGGCUUACUCGAUGGCGAUUGACAUGUUGAGAGAUUGA